AUGAGCUCCAAUUCUUCAAUUUCAACUGACUAUAACUUUUCGAACGGACUGAGCUUCAUCGCGGCAGUUCUCAUUGCGAUUGUAACUGACUCUAGGGCUGUAUUAUCAAGAGACUUUCUGCUUUUAGGUUGGAAUCUUCGGAGUAAUCACCAAUUCAUCAAUUGCCUAUAUAUUUUACAAGGAAAAGUCGGAACGAAGUGCGUUCAAUCUGAUUUGUGUCUUCCGAUCCGUCUCCAAUGUGAUCAUACUGACUGCCACGUUCCUCUUUGUUUUCUUUCCGAAAAUCAUCAUGUAAGAGUUCAAUUUCCUCUUCAAAUAUUAUAAAUCUCCAUUCCAGUGGUUCUUCCCUCUACCCGCCAGCUCUGGAAUCCUGGCUGAUCCACCUCAGUCUUUCCCUCUAUCUCGGCAACGAGUACCAGAUCAUUCUGGUUGCCCUAAACCGCUUCUGUGCUCUGUUUGCACCCACUUAUUAUGCUCGAAUCUGUGGUCUCUCCCCUACUUUGAUUGCUCUCAUUCUCAUGUAUUCCUACCGUAUCUUCAAACUAAUUGUCGAGUUGAUUCCCCAAACUGCAAAGAACUGCUACACUUGUUUCUCCACGGAGCUCCUCUCGUGGGUCUACGAUCCUAAUCCGGACUGUGCAUUCGAAGAUGACAUUCUCCAAGUGAUAUUAUACACUUUCAUCACUAUGACAUUCAUUAACGUUGUCACUUUUCUCAAAAUUAUCAGUUUCUAUCUGGUUAGAUUCAUAUAGUUUCCAUAAUUUAUUAAAUUUUUCAGAAUUCCAACCAAAGGAGUAUAAUGGAAAGGGAAACGGGAAAAGGAUCAGAAGGAACAUCUUGCUCUUCUUCCAGACUAUUUUGCAAGACUCUCUUUACCUUAUCGACCUCACAUUCACCUUCAAAUUGAGGUUUUGCUGCUUUGUUUCCACUCAUAAAGCGGUAUGUUUUCAGUGGUCUGAGCACUCAUCGCUUCUGGACGUUUGUCAGCGGAACGUUUGUGUGGGAAUGCAUUCAUUCGAUUGAUGGGUGGGUGAGCACACUACGCAUAUUAUUCACUUCUUCUCUUGUUUUCACCAACCAACAACAAAGCAAUUUGAAAGAGGCUCUAAUUUACAUGCCUCGCUCAAAAAUUAAAUGUUUGGUCCGAAAAUUGCAUAGGCCAAGAAAACUUCAAGAAAUCAAGCAAAUACGAGUUAGGCAAAAUGCGACAAACUGAGCCAUGAUCAUGCCGUUCGAAAAACGUUGAUUUCAAAUUGAAUACAUCUUCAAAUAUCCACCAAUUUGAAUUUCCUCCUAAUCACAAGAAAUGCCUUCGAGCGGGACAGUGCGCUGUCGAAGUUGUUGCCGUGGUCUGGAAAAAUCCUUGGACUUGACGCACGUUUACAAAAAUUUAGCCAUUUGUAAAUACAAAUCAGUACAGAAAUAAACAUAGUGCAUCUAGCUCACAGUGAAGAGCUUCGUCUGAAUUUCCUCGGUCACUGCAACGGCCCGCUGUUUCGUUCAAGGGCGUUGGGUCAACUUAUGUGGGAAUAACAGACAGAUUCCCUAGUCCUUUGAAACUAUUUCUUCAGAUUCAUCAUGAUAAUGUUCAACGAACGUCUCUCAUUCCUGAAGAAGCGCUUUCAGCAACCGACGCCCUCGAUCUCGCUCGCCGGCCGUCUCAAAACGGUCGCCGUCUCUAACACGCUGCCGUCCGUCGGAUGA